AUGGUUCCGGCGUCUCAUGGCGAGCCUUCUCAGCCAGCCGCGCCGAACAGCGCUUCGCCGAAGUCGAGGCACUCCAGGCCAGCCUUCAGCAGCGAGGACGAUCCAUCUCCUUUUGUCCAACCGUCGUCACCGAUGAUGGCCGGCGAAUCCCUCUUAGCCCGACAUCUGAGCGCGGGCCAGGACCACUCGGUGCGGCAAGAGCAGGCAGACAGGGAAAGUCAAAGUCACCACCGCGACGCGCCAAGGAUACACAAACCGAAGACGACGAGAUGGCUGAUAGGGAGCCCGUCGGAGGACCGGUUGGACUCUAUGACCCGGUCAAGUUCAAGACGAACCCGUUCACCGGAGAACCAGUCGCCAGAUCUAACAGCAACACCUCAGCCAACGGUGACGACAAGCAACUUAGAAAGGCUACCGACAGCGUCCCUGACAUCCGCAUCGACGAUAUCUCAAAGUGAUGUCUUGGGGUCACCUAGUUCACCUCAAAACCUCGGCUCCCUGGCAGACUCGAUCGAGUCGAUUGCCUCAAAGCUGGUCGUGUCUCCUCAGACAAUCCCUGAGACGUCAACGAUUCACCAUUCUUUGCCUUCGCCAUUGAUGUCGCCUUCAGCUAGCUUCGUGGAUGAUCCGCUUAGUAGACAUUCGAGCACGAGGUCCAUGCGCGUGCCUCGAUCCCAGCGGGGUCCGCCUACUCGACGAUCUUCCCGCCGCUCAGAAUCUACUCACACAUCGUCCAGUCCUGCUCACGCGUUCCUAUCAAGCUGGGGCAAGUCAAACAUAGAAGAGCCGCCACCGGAGCCCAAGCCAGAUGACGAGGGCCAGUCGGUAGGUCUAAACAACGAGUACAUCGUCGGCCGCACGAUCAACAGGGGAGGUUUCGGUGUCAUCAAGGAAGUUCAUUCAAUUGAUGAAAGCGGUAGACGGACGAUGCGCGCUGUAAAAAUUGUUCGCAAGGCGAUACAAGGUGUGUCUGAGUCCUUGAACGAGAAAGCGCAGCAGGAAUGCGAGCACGAAGUUUCGAUCUGGCGUUACCUUAAGCACCGGCAUGUGCUGGGGUUGCAUGCAGUCUACGAAACGGAUUUUGCCACGUUUUGUGUUAUGGAUCUGAAUGUCGGUGGCACUCUAUGGGACCUGGUACGCAAGACUCGGUCGGAUGCUGCAAAAGAUAGUGCUCGAAAAGGUCUGGCACCGCGCCUUGCGAGAAGCUACGCCUUUCAGCUGGCGUGUGCACUGAGAUAUCUGCACGAGGACAUCAGAGUCUGCCAUCGGGAUGUAAAGCUGGAGAACUGCCUCAUAGACAUGUCAGCACCGAAUGCGGACGAGAAGGGCGGAAAUCUUCGACUUUGCGAUUUCGGGCUUGCCGAUUUCCUCCACAGUUCAAGUAUCGACGAAGGCGAGCCGCCCACUGAGCGCUUCAGCGAGCAUCUGUCCUUGUCCACGGAGCUGCCAGUUCCUACAGUUUCUUCCAUCAUCGGUACGCUCGAAUACGCCUCACCCAAAGGACUGACUGUCAAUCGCAAACUGUUUGAGACGGCUGGUGAUGUCUGGGCUUUCGGCGUUAUCGUCUACGCUUUAUGUACUGGCAACCUGCCCUUCAGACACCCCAUGCCGAGCAAGACGGCCGAGCUGAUCUUGCGCGCCGACUGGGAUGAAGCAGCUCUUCGAGAUGCUGCAGCUGGUGGGCCGGACGUCAUUGAUCUGGUCAAGGGAUGCCUGGAGAAGGAUCUGGACAUGCGUUUCACCAUCAGCGAUGCACUCCGCUCUCCUUGGUUCGAAGGAUGCUACGAAGAGCUGGAAGAAGAGACCACCUCUGGAGGCUGGAGUUGA